AUGGAGGAGCUGUGCUGGCAAUGGGAUCUGGCAGCAGACAUCCACCUGACCUUGCGGACGAAGAUAAACAUUGAAGUUGGAGUCCAGUUCGAUCCUGUUCCCGGGCAGAGUGUGGAGCUGAAAGAUGCACAGACCGGGCGUGUAACGGCUUUGCUAGAAGAACUCAAGAUGCCUAUAUACAAGGGUCGUUCACCACAGAUUGGGAUGCGUCAAUACUUCGUUGAUCUCUUGACUGCCCUCAGCAACUGUUGCAAUCUCUGGCCUACGACACGGCACCUCGCUAUCUGUUUACUUGACCUCCUUAUGGAUCGCUACGAUAUCACUGUCAAGGAUCUGCACAUAAUUUCAUUUGCCUGUCUUCUCCUAGCAAGUAAAUUUGAAGAAAGAGCAGAUAACAUUCCAAAGUUGGAGCACUUAAAUAACCUGGCAUACAUGUGCAAUGUGAAUGUGGUAUUGAACAAGAAAGAUUUGUUUGGAGUGGAAAUGCUGCUUUUGGAAAAGUUCAACUGGAACCUUUGUCUACCAACACCAGCACACUACAUUGACUACUACCUCUGUGUGUCCAUUGGUGAAAAUGACCUUCACGAUGGCUGGCCGAUCACCUCACCGACCCAAAUCAAAGCUUUUCUGGAGAAAUAUGCAUACUAUUUCCUUGAUGUGUCAGUGCAAGAUCCCUCUUUCCUCUAUUUUCGUCCAUCUCUGAUUGCUGCAGCUUGUGUGUGUGCCUCGCGUCUCUGUAUGCACAUUUCUCCUGCCUGGACAACAGAGCUUGAAUUGCUAACGUGUUAUUCCGGGGAGCAUCUUACCCAAUGCAUUGAAAUGAUGUUAAUAUAUUAUGAGAAUGACAUCAGAGAAGCCAGAAGCAUAGAAAAACAAGUAACAAUUCAAAAUCAAGAACAGGAAGCAGUGGGAAACCUGAGCCAUCAAGCCACUACUCAAGUUCUCUUCCAGCAAUCUAGUUAUCACCCUUUAGCCCAACAAUCGGCUACGUUUUCCGAGUUCCAGUGGCCAGUGCAAGAUUUGUGCUCUGCUUAUCGUAACUCCUUACAGGCCCAGAGGCCCAGCAGUCUGCUUGCUGGCAGUGCUGACAGCUCGCUGUGCGCCUAUGCAGAUCUUGAAGCCAGCCUUUGGCCAUCUGCACAGACGCCCAUCGCUGUGCAGGUGGCCCUAGGAACAGAGCCCAGACACUGCAUUUCCGUGGCUUAUGGCAGUAGUUACUUCAGUAGUCCGUAG